AUGUUGAACCAUAUAAAGGUGUUUACACUAGUAAUAAAUAACUCCAAUUACCCUUUGAUCCUUUCAGUAACAGAAGUGGAAACUGUGUAUGAAGAAAUGAUCAUGGAAAAUAAAGCAACUGAACCUGACAAAAAUGAUAAGAAGUCUGCAUUUACUAAAUCUUGUCCAUCAGUCGCAGCAAGUUUGGGAAUUCUGUUACUAAUCAUGGUCCUUCGCAUUUACUUUACCACAUUAUUAAUUCGUAAGAACGAAAAGCAGAUCACAAACCUGACUGCAGAGAACAAGAACAUUAGAGAGAAAAAUGAGAAGCUGGCUGAAGAGGAGAAAAACCUAAGAGAACAAAUACAACACAUGAACACAACAUGGAAGGAGCUCUGUGUCAGCAGAGAAAGACUGUGUAAACCUUGUGAGAAGGGCUGGCUCCCAUUUGAGUCUGGUUGCUAUGCAAUUAAUAAUGCUGAACAUCCUGAGCACAAAACCUGGGAUGAAGCUCGAGAAAACUGCAAAGGAAAGAUUUCCGAUUUGGCUGUUGUAAUUAAUGCAGCAGAAAAGACAUAUCUCAGUGACAACAGCUGGGGGAGUUCAGGAAACAAAGGAUACUGGAUUGGUCUGAGAGUCAAAGAUGGGAAAUGGAAGUGGGUGGAUGGAAGCGAUCUGACUGAUAACUCCUGGAUCCGCCACCCUCCUUCUGAUGGUCUCUGUGCAAUUUCUGUCCAAAACCAAGGAUUUAAAUCAGUGCAUUGUAACAACAAGAACCAAUGGAUCUGCAAAAAGAAUGCUUGA